AUGCAGACUGCAGCGAGUUUAAAGCUAGAAUGUGAAAAACUGGCCAGUGAGAAGACAGAGAUGCAGCGACAUUAUGUCAUGUAUUAUGAGAUGUCCUAUGGAUUGAAUAUAGAGAUGCAUAAACAGGCAGAAAUCGUCAAAAGGCUGAAUGCUAUAUGUGCACAAGUCAUUCCUUUCCUAUCCCAAGAGCACCAGCAACAAGUGGUGCAGGCUGUGGAACGUGCCAAGCAAGUGACCAUGGCAGAACUGAACGCAAUCAUUGGGCAGCAACAACUCCAGGCUCAGCAUUUGUCGCAUGGCCCCCCCGUGCCUCUCCCCCCGCACCCCUCAGGCUUGCAGCCUCCAGCCAUCCCACCCAUUGGCAGCAGUGCUGGCCUUCUGGCACUGUCCAGUGCGCUUGGCGGGCAGUCCCACCUACCGAUUAAAGACGAAAAGAAGCACCAUGAAAACGAUCACCAAAGAGACAGAGACUCAAUCAAGAGCUCUUCUGUAUCUCCAUCAGCCAGUUUCAGAACAGCAGAAAAGCACAGAAACUCAACAGAUUACUCUUCAGACAGUAAAAAGCAGAAAACAGAAGAGAAGGAAAUAGCAGCUCGUUAUGACAGUGAUGGUGAAAAGAGUGAUGACAACUUGGUAGUUGAUGUUUCCAAUGAGGAUCCUUCCUCUCCCCGAGGGAGCCCAGCACACUCUCCACGGGAGAAUGGCUUGGACAAGACUCGACUGCUGAAGAAAGAUGCACCAAUUAGUCCUGCAUCUAUUGCAUCCUCCAGCAGUACUCCUUCCUCCAAAUCCAAAGAACUUAGCCUUAAUGAGAAAUCUACCACACCUGUAUCUAAAUCAAAUACCCCAACUCCACGGACUGACGCUCCAACUCCAGGCAGCAAUUCCACUCCCGGAUUAAGGCCUGUGCCUGGCAAGCCCCCCGGUGUUGACCCACUAACUUCAGGUUUAAGGACGCCUAUGGCAGUGCCAUGUCCUUACCCUACUCCAUUUGGGAUUGUACCACAUGCUGGUAUGAACGGUGAGCUGACCAGCCCAGGAGCUGCCUAUGCUGGUCUACACAACAUUUCCCCUCAAAUGAGUGCAGCAGCCGCAGCAGCAGCAGCAGCCGCAGCUUACGGGAGAUCUCCAGUGGUUGGUUUUGAUCCCCAUCAUCACAUGCGAGUCCCAGGCAUCCCUCCCAAUCUCACAGGCAUCCCAGGAGGAAAACCAGCAUAUUCAUUUCAUGUAAGCGCAGAUGGUCAGAUGCAGCCUGUACCUUUCCCUCCUGAUGCCCUCAUCGGUCCAGGGAUCCCUCGCCAUGCCCGUCAGAUCAACACUCUGAACCAUGGGGAAGUUGUGUGUGCAGUGACCAUCAGUAACCCCACGAGACAUGUGUACACGGGUGGGAAGGGGUGUGUCAAAGUCUGGGAUAUCAGCCACCCAGGCAACAAGAGCCCUGUCUCUCAGCUGGACUGCCUGAACAGAGAUACCAACAUCCGUUCCGGCAGAUUGCUCCCAGAUGGCCGCACCCUGAUUGUUGGUGGGGAAGCCAGCACGUUAUCCAUUUGGGACCUGGCAGCUCCAACUCCACGGAUUAAGGCAGAGCUGACAUCUUCUGCUCCAGCUUGCUAUGCCCUAGCUAUCAGCCCCGAUUCCAAGGUCUGCUUCUCUUGCUGUAGUGAUGGGAACAUUGCAGUGUGGGAUCUGCAUAACCAGACUUUAGUAAGGCAAUUUCAGGGCCACACAGAUGGAGCCAGCUGUAUUGACAUUUCUAAUGAUGGAACUAAACUCUGGACAGGAGGCUUGGACAAUACAGUCAGAUCCUGGGACCUCAGAGAAGGGAGACAGCUACAACAACAUGACUUUACAUCACAGAUCUUCUCACUGGGCUAUUGUCCAACUGGUGAAUGGUUGGCAGUAGGAAUGGAGAACAGUAACGUCGAGGUGCUGCAUGUUACUAAACCGGACAAGUAUCAGCUGCAUCUUCAUGAAAGCUGUGUGUUGUCACUCAAAUUUGCUCACUGUGGCAAAUGGUUUGUAAGCACUGGAAAAGAUAACCUUCUUAAUGCCUGGAGAACACCUUAUGGAGCCAGUAUAUUCCAGUCCAAAGAAUCCUCAUCUGUGCUUAGCUGUGAUAUCUCUGUGGAUGACAAAUACAUUGUCACUGGCUCUGGGGACAAGAAGGCUACAGUCUACGAAGUUAUUUAUUAGAGACAAAUCUGAAUGCAAACAGGACUCUUUCUCGUAGCACUUUGCUGUAUAUUCCUUUUUUUUCUUUCCCACACUGAAAACUUUAAAUGCUCAUCACAGUUGUGGAAUUUACUGUCCCCCUUUUAACUUGCUGUUGAAUUGUGAAUGCUGAUUAAGAACUUGUGAUACCAAAUCAUCAGAUACCUACUUGGAAGAAGGUGGAAUAAGCAUACUUAACAGUGAACUUGACUCUUUAAUUAUGUAUUAUAGUUGUAAUGUAUUUAUUUUGUUUAAAGAAGGCUUUCUAACAAUGAACUGACUAAAUAAAGCUGUCUGGCCCGGCUUUGAUUUGAAAGAGAGAAGUACAAUAAGUUGCCUCAAAGAAUCACCUUUAUUGCUUCUGGACAUUUUUGCCACGUUUCUUUGAAAUGGGAGAUACAUGUCUUUAGGCAGUUUUUCAAUUACAAGAGAUUACGAAAAAUAUUUGAUAUAUUCAUUGGAAACAGCACUGAAAUAAGGAUGAAUUCCUACCAGUGUACAAACUACAAAAGCAAGGACCUCUGAGGUAGGAUUUACAAGAGCACUCAUUCCGAAGUACAGAAAAGGAAUGGAUUCUUACUUCGGAAAGGACUUUCUUUUUUGCCAUCAGUUCAAUCCAAGUUGUGAUUGGAUGUCCUCAAAAUGGACGCAGGCUGAGCCAUUGUGCCAGAGACAUUGUGUUAUCUUUUUAUGUUGUUGUUGUUGCUGUUAAACUAUGAUCUGUGACUUUUUUUUUUGAAUGCUUUAAAAAAAUCUUUAAGUCUGUGGAUCUGCUGAUGUACAGUGCCUUUGCUGCUAUGGAUCAAAAUCAAAAGACCCGUGUAGAUAAAUCUUAUUGUAUAAGUAGAAAAUUACUAAAUUUCAUACUAGAAAUGGAUUGAUGCUGCAAGUUAAAAUGGACUGUUCAUUGAAGUUCCAAAUGUGGUAGCAAAAAAUGGUGUCUUAAGUGCUUAGUGUUUGAUGUCAUUAACAGUUUCGUAAUACUCUACAGUGUAGAAAGAUUUUGAUACUAAACUGUGUCAUUGUACAUAGUUCUAAUGCAGUGUAUUGACCACCAGUACUUCUAUAAUGGUAGAUUAUUGUUUGUGCAUUCAGACUUUUAAGCAUUAAACAUAAGUAACUUCUAAGAUG